AUGUAGAUUUAGAAGAGGCUGGAAAAGAGGGUGGCAAAAGCAGGGAGGUUAUGAGGCUUAAUAAAGAAGAUAUGCACUUGUUUGGCCAUUAUCCAGCACAUGAUGACUUCUAUCUGGUUGUGUGCAGUGCCUGUAACCAGGUCGUCAAGCCACAGGUCUUCCAGUCACACUGUGAGAGAAGACACAGUUCAAUGUGCAGGCCUUCUCCCUCUCCAGCAUCUCCAGCCUCCAAUUCCAGGACAUCACUAGCACAGGCAAAGUCGAAAGCCUGUCUCAGCGGCCAUAACGCUGUCAGCAGCACCUCAAAGCCAUUUAAAACGCCCAAAGACAAUCUACUUACCUCCAGCAGCAAACAGCACACAGUCUUCUCUACAAAGGGGCCAAGGGAUAAACCAUGCGUUCCAGUUCCUGUAGUCAGUUUAGAGAAAAUUCCUAACCUAGUGAAGGCAGAUGGUGCCAAUGUCAAAAUGAGCUCUACAACCACUACCACAACCACUUCCUCCUCCUCUGCUGUCUCCACCCCACCUUUAAUUAAGCCCACCUUGAUAUCCAAGUCAGUGCCACCUUCACCAGAGAAGAUCUUAAAUGGCAAGGGGAUUCUGUCAGCCACCAUAGACAAGAAGCACCAAAAUGGCACCAAAACCAGCAACAAGCCUUACCGGAGACUUUCAGAGAGAGAAUUUGACCCAAAUAAACACUGUGGAGUAUUGGAUCCUGAGACAAAGAAACCUUGCACAAGAUCCCUCACCUGCAAGACACACUCUCUGAGCCAUCGCAGAGCAGUCCCGGGCAGGAAAAAGCAAUUUGACCUCCUCUUGGCAGAACACAAAGCCAAGUCACGGGAGAAAGAAGUGAAAGAGCACCUCCUGACUUCCGCUAGGGAGAUACUUCCAAACCCACCUGGACUGGUGCCUGAUGCUCUGCAAGGAACUUCCGGGAGCACAGUGGCAGAGCCUAAAGUACCAUCCCCACCAAAAUCCAGGCCACUCAAUUCUGUGCUUCCCAGACCAUCAUCUGCAAACAGCAUAAGCAGCAGUACAUCUUCAAAUCACAGUGGUUACACUCCAGAGCCCCCACUACCCCCAGCUGGAGGUGACCUUGCCAGCCGACUGUCCAGUGAUGAAGGGGAGAUGGACGGAGCCGACGAAUCUGAGAAGUUAGACUGUCAGUUCUCCACACACCACCCCAGACCUCUUGCGUUCUGCUCAUUUGGGAGUCGCCUCAUGGGACGAGGGUACUAUGUGUUUGAUAGAAGAUGGGAUCGUUUUCGGUUCGCACUAAACUCCAUGGUAGAAAAACACUUGAAUUCACAGAUGUGGAAGCACAGAAGCCCGAGCCACAGGGCAUCAGGUCCCUCCCCUCUGUUCAGGACUUGCCUAACCAAUCUGCUGUCACUGAGCAACAUUGGGGCUGCCUGGGUGUCAACUCUGGAGAGCGUAGCACCCCGCUGCCCUCUCAACCUCGCUGCCCAAACUCCAGGCCCUGACGGGCCCGAACCUGGAGGGAUGGCAGCCGAUGGGGGCAUGGAAGACAUUAGGAAGAAAAGGAACGGCCAAGACUCUUUUUUCUUUAACAAGCAUUUAAGUCUGCAUCAGGAGACGCCAACACAGUAUUCUCUUUCAGCCAGGAAGAUCCCUCCUGCGGCAGAUAGUCCCAUGCCCUCGCCAGCAGCCCACAUCACCACCCCUGUUCCAGCAUCCGUUUUGCAGCCUUUCAGCAACCCCAGUGCUGUGUAUCUUCCUUCAGCUCCCAUCAGCUCGAGACUCACGUCUUCUUACAUAAUGACAUCAGCCAUGCUCUCAGACGCAGCUUUUGUGGCAUCGCCGGACCCACGUGUCCUCAUGUCCCACACCACAGCUUUCCCCCAUGUGGCUGCAACCCUCAGCAUCAUGGACUCAACCUUCAAGGCCCCCUCUGCUGUGUCCCCAAUACCAGCUGUCAUUCCUUCCUCAUCCCACAAGCCAUCCAAAACCAAAACCAGCAAAUCCUCAAAAGUCAAAGACCCGUCAGCUCAUAGCGACGAAUCUCCAAGUAACAAAAAGAGGAAGCCGCAGUCUUCGACUUCCUCCUCCUUAUCCUUUCAGGCUUCCUUUUCGUCUCCAUUGUCAGGGCCCCACAAAAAGAACUGCGUUCUGAAUGCCAGUUCCUCCUUGAACUCCUAUCAGGCAUCCCCUCCCUAUAACAGUCUGUCUGUGCACAACUCAAAUAAUGGGGUGAGCCCACACAGUGCCAAGCUGGAGCCCUCAGGACGGACCUCGCUACCCAGCAGCCCCAUGGACAUAGUGAGACAGGUGGGCGCUGUGGGUGGCGGCAGCGGCUCCUGUCCCCUCUCCGUGCCCUCCCUUGCACUCCAUGCAGGGGACCUCUCUUUGGCCUCACACAAUGCUGUGUGUUCUCUGCCCCUCUCUUUUGACAAAUCAGAAGGAAAAAAGCGUAAGAGCUCAAGUCCCAGUAGCAAAGCCUGUAAAAUCACUAAAAUGCCUGGUAUGAAUAGUGUCCACAAAAAGAACCCGCCCAGCCUUCUUGCACCGGUGCCCGAUCCCGUUAACAGCACCUCCUCUCGGCAGGUUGGAAAAAAUAGCAGCCUAGCUUUGUCACAAUCCAGUCCUUCAAGCAUAUCCAGCCCAGGACACAGCCGACAGAAGAACACAAGCAGAAUGGGCAGGAUAAGGACUCUUCCCUAACAAGAUGGUGAAGCCACUUCAAACCAGUCCCGGUUGGCAUCCUCCCCAGGAAACUAAGUCAGGGCAAGGGAAGGCACUGGCCUGUGUGGGGAGUGUUUCCUGGACGCUGCUUGUGGCUUUGGCCUUUCUUCUUUUUUUCACGUGGAUUUUUAAUUUAAAAAAAGGUGGGGGGGAGGCAAAAGAACCUGAAUUUGAGAUUUACAGAAAACAGUGUUUCCUCUCUGUUUGUCAUUUGUCAUGUCUUAUAUAUUCUUCCACAUUUGGAGCUACUCCCCUUUCUCCUGACGCUGCUAGUGCUCCUGAGAACAGAGGCUGCAGACUGUUGGUUCCAGUCCCUCCCGGGUUCUGGUUCCAGGUUGGCACCCACAGAAGCUCUUGAACGCUAGUGCUCGAAGAGCUCAUUCUCUCCUUUCCCACCCUGCCCUUCCAUCCCAUCUGUCAGUCACUGUGCUCCAGUGGCCAUCAGAAGCUGCUGGCUCCCACCAGCAGCACUGGACCACAUGCUGGGAGUUGCAUCAUGUGGUAGAGGUGGAUCUUCAGCUGGUUUCUGUAGUUCUCCUUGUCCAGAGCCAAAUGCCAGCCACUAAAGUGAGGACAGUGGCCCUUUAAUAAUGUGGUUUACUCAGUGGUGAGGCCCAGCUGUGCAGAAAAGAUAAAUUGGUCAGGUACAAGGACCUGAGAGGAAGGGAAGAUGGUGGGAGCCGAUGACUGCGAUGGUCACAGCUUGUUUGGAAUAUACUCUGAAGAGUACUUCCCUGGUCACACUGCACAGUUUCCUAAAGCUGGGUCAGCCAGAGACAGAAAACCCAUAGGACCCAGGAAAGCCACUUCAUGAGGUAACACAGUGGUCACAGCUCCUGAGAGUUCUGUAGAUAUCAGGAAGUUUCUGGGGCCAAGAGGGAUCCUCCAGAGAAAAGUGCAUGGAGUUUUUUGUGCCAAACACCUUGAGGGAAUAAGAAGCACCAAUGAUUGCACAGACACAUAUUAGAUAAGCUUGCACUCCAUCAUCAGACAGACAGCCCGGAGCACUGGUAAAGACAAGCAUAGAGAAGAGGUGUGGGCAGGGAGACACUGGAGCGCCAAGGCUAGUAAGCUGUUCACAUUGGAGUUUGAAAGAAACAGCAGUACCAUAUGGGAAAUCAGAAAGAAUUCACAACGACCUGUGCCAUCAUAAGAUCAGGAGCGAAUGCUAGUUUUGCAGCUGGGCACACCCCCUCUCCCUUCCCAAAGAUCUCCUUCCCAUCCCUUUCCUCCCAACCCAAAGAUGAGACUACUGAUAAGUUUCACCACAGAAUUGGAGUCUGCAAAGAUGGGAGGCAAAAGGAGUUAUUUCUGUCGAUGGAAUUGCACUGACAGUGUUUCUUACAGGAUUCUUAAACUUUGAAAUAUAAAAAUGAAGAUUUUUUUAAGUCAGGAGUUGAUGUUAGACACCAGGACAUUGGUUAGGUUAUUUCAUUUUUCUUUCUCCAGUGUUAAAAGUGCACUUAUAUGCUGAUUUAUUUAUGUCUGGGGGUAGGGAGGAUGGCAAAUUUAAGGGGUAAUUGUUACUUUGGGGGGAUUAUUUUUUUUAAGGUUAAGACAGAUUUUAAAACUUAUAAAUGUUUAAGAAAUUAUAAACAAGGUUAGAGCCUUUGACAAAAGUUUAGAAGAUAUUCUUAAAGUAAAUUUUUAUAAUGUUAAUUUUGUAAUAAUUUAUGUUUUACUAUAUUACAGAGCUAACUGACCAGAAUAGUUUCAGAAACAAUAUGAAACUUAGGAAAGUUUAAGCAAUGUUUAUAUUUUUAAAAUGUUCUUUGAAUUAUGUUUUUAUUGUACAUUUCUUCAGACUCAAAAGGUGUGUACAUAUCUUUGUUAUUUUUGCACAGUUUUUGUCUUGUUCUGUUUUAUUUGUCUGUUGAUAUAUAUAUAUAUAUAUAUAUAUAUAUAUAUAAUUUAUUUUGAGUUGCAAAACUUGCAGGAUCAAAAACAAAACAAGUCUCAGCAACAAAAUAAGCCUCUGGCCCUAAACUCUUCUAUUCAAAGAGGGAAAACAAAGGUUGAGAGGUGAGCCAGCUGCCUCUGAGAAAUAGCAGCAGCUUCGUAGAGACAGAGGGAGCAAGCCGGCUUCAGGUCAGUGCGAUCUGUGUCGUACAUGCAAAGCUGGGAUAAAGAAGCUCUCCCUCCACCCAGUGCUGCUCACUCUCUUGAGAGACUACUUUGACCAAAAGGUGAGGACAAUUCCAGAAAACUGAGCAAAAAGGGAAAGACCACGGUAUUUCUUCCUUCACACUCAUCCCUGGGUUUAUUUUCUGAUGUAUUAAAUGCUUAUAGCUAGGGAAAAAAACAAUGGAAUGCAAAGAAAAGAUUUCCUUUGUGUUUGUUCUCAUGGAAUUCAACCCCUAAAGCAUCAGGAGAGUAGCAUCUCUGGUCUUUCUGUUCCCCACACCCCACUCAGCCUUUUGUCUCGGACCCUUGGCUGCUCACACCCUGUCUGCCUGAGGAGCUCCUGACUCGUCUCAGCCUCAGCAGCGCUGGAUGUUAGGCAUAACGCAAUGCAUAGACCUGUCAGCCAUAUAAAAUUUAAAAAUCACGAACUCGAGUUGGAUAACUUGUAUGCCUUCUUUUGUAUCCAUGUACCAACUGUAAAUAACGCUGAUAACCUUUGUAGAAAAUAGUUUAUACAGCGUAUUCUAUUAUUGCUGAUUCUCAGUGAACUCUUGUUUAAAAAAAAAAAAAGGAAAUUUUCUAUUUACACCUUAUAUUUUGUUAUUCUGUCAGCCCAUGGCACUUUAACAAGACUCUCUGGGUUUUAUGUAGCCGGUCAGUCAUGGGGUAAAUUAAAUAACUAUUGUUGCACAGACAAGAAUUUGCACCUAUUCAUUUGUCCUUUCCUACUAACCAAUUUUAGAAGCUUUUCCAGAAGAAUUUUGAAGAGCGCAUGUCCAAUGAUACUCAACAAAGGCCACACUCAUAGAGUGGGUUUCUUUUCUAUGAUCCAUAUUUUUUAACACUAAGUAUUUUCCUCCUUUGUCCCGCAUCUUUAUGAAUUAGCACUAUCAGAUAGAAUCCAUUCCAUGCCUGUGAUGAUGUAAGCAAAUAAAUGUCUGAAGUAGGUGUAAAUAGUAAACUCUAUGGCUUACAAUUUCUAAAUGAAAGAAAGAAAAUAUAUCUGUUGAUACUGCCGUGGUUCAGCACCAGGUCUGGAAGUAUUUAUUCUCCACUGAACGAUUGUAUUUUUUUUUUGCCUUUUUUUUGUAACAUGGCUUUGUAAAUAAAAUAAUUUAUAUGUUUGUAAAAAACAAA